AUGAGAUCUAUAAAAUCUCAAUUUUAAAGUUUACACAAAAAAGAAAAGGAGCAUAUAAAAUAUAUAGAAGAUGAUAAAGAUAAAUACAAAGAUACAAAAUAAUAAAAUGAAGAAGACGAAGAAGAGCUAAAAUAAGAACAAUAAAGAAAACAGUAAGAGCAAAAACAAAAAGAGACCUAAGCAAUAUCAAAAAGCCAAAAAAAAAAGAAAAAAAAAUUAAAAACAACACUUUAAUUUGAAGAGUAAAUCGUAAAAAGCAUCGACCAAAAUGCCCUAUUAAGACGUUGGGAUGUUAAAUUUAUAGAUAUAAAAGUUUAAAGUUUAAUAAAAGAGCCCAUGAAUAUAUUUAUUAUAUUUAAAAUAGGCGUAAAAAGUAAUAAUAGGUAAAAAGAUCCAGAUAUAGUAAUAGAGAAAAAUUCAUAUAAAGAAUUUUAUACAGAAGUAGUAAAAAAUUUAUAAAGAGAUGAAACACGAUAUUUAGAUAAAUGUAAAGAAACAGAAAUUCAUGCUAGUUAUAAUAUGCUAAAAACAACUUAUUUAGAAAUCGAAGUUUGGGAAUAUAAUAGAUGGUCACUUAAUUGUUUUUUAGGAAAAUGUAGAACACUUCUAGAAGAUAUAGCUAAAGGGCAUAUUAUAAGAAGUUUUGUAGUAAGAAGAUCUUUUAAAGAUAAAAGAUAAUUUGUAAGAAUUAUUUUGUCAGCUUAUUUUUAAGAAAUAUGGGAUUUUAGAAUCGAUUUUGAAGAUCUUUAAGGAACUAAUACAAUAGACAAACAAAAUUAACCAAUUAGUUCUUAUUUAAAACUUACAUUAAUGGACGAUAAAAAAUCUAGUUUGAAAACAAAACCGACUCCAAAUAAAACGAAAAAUCCUACUUGGGGGAAUAGUGAAGAUUUUGCACAUUUUAGAGGAACAUUAGAUGAUUUAACUGAUUUAAUUGUUAUUGAUUCUAGCUAAAGUUAAAUGUGUUCUUUGAUAACUUUAAGAGGUAUAGAUUAAUAUAAUAAUAUAAAUGCAGUAAUAAAGUUAAAAGUUGAUAAAAAUAAAAUCAAUAGUUUAAAAAAAAGUCAAAAAGAUUAAAAUUAAGAAUAAAAUAAUAAUGAAGAAGAUGAAAAAAUUUAUGAUUAAGAAGAUAUAUAUGCAACUGUAGAUGGAAGAAUUAACUUAAAUGAAAUUCCAAGGUAUAUUUAAUAAGGUGAAUUAGUUCGAUAUUCUUCUGAAUAAUUACAUUUGUGUAUUAUUGUUAAUAGAGUUAAUAAUAUAAUGGCACCUGAUGAUAGAGGUGUUAUUAAUAGUUAUGUUUAAGUUUAAUGUUCUAAUGAAAUUAAAAGAACUAGAACUUUAUGUAAUAACUUCAAUCCUGAUUUUGGUGAAGAAAUGAUUUUUAAAAUUCCUCUUUUGAAUAAUAAAUCUCUAUUUUCAUAAAGUAAUAAAAGUAAAGAUAAAGAAUAUGAAUAUAAAUUAGAAGCAUUAAGAGAUGAAUUAUAAAAAAGAAGCGAAAUAAAAUUUUAAUUAUGGGUAGAAGGAGACUCUAUUACUUAUGGAGAUAAUUUAGGUUAAGUUUCUUUUAAUUUAUCUGAAAUAGGAUCUACAUAAACUUAAAUAGAAGUAUAAGACAAAUCAGUUAUGGAUUUUUUAAAAAAAUAAAUUAAAACCUAUAAAAUAAAAUCUGCAAAUUUUACGAAGAAUUUUACUUCUAGUAGAUUUGACGCAAGUCGUAUAAAUAUUACGUUUUCUGUAUUUUUUUUACCUUAAUUACCCGAAAAAAUUGAUUUGAGAGAUUUGUAAGCACAAAAUUAUGACUAAUACCCUUAUGAAUUGAAAGAUUUAAUGAAAAUUCCACAUAAUGAUUAUACAAAAAAUGUUCUUUAUAAAUAAUGGGAUAGUGAUAUAAAAAAAGCUUUCCAAAAUUGGAAUUUAUAAAAAAAUGAAUGGACAAUUUUUAAAAAUGUUUUCGUAAAAGAUCAUUAUGGAAGAAUUCAUUUUAUUUCAAAAUUUAUUGAAAGAUUUUAGCUUUCGAAAAGUAAAGACCCUGAUAUGUAAAAAGAUCUUGAAAUUUAAGACUAUUAUUUAGAAACUCUUUAAGAUUUGGCACAUUAUGUAAGAUGUAUACCCUAUACUGAUAUAUAUAGUAAUGAUGUUUGGUUUUCUUCAGAUUUCUUUUUAAGUUUAAAAAGAGGGUCUAUUAUUGAUCAUGCUUUACUUAUGGCAGUUUAUAAAUGUACUAUUUUUUUUAUUAUUAUUAAAAGUAUUUAUUUAUUUUUAAUAAAGGACUUAUUAGAUUAUGAAUCUGAAUAAGUUCCUUUGGAUGAUAGAGUAUUUGUAUGUAUAGGAACUAAUUAAAAUUUAAGUAUAACUGCAUGGGUAAUGGUAUUUAAUUAAAGAUGUGAUUCAGUAACAUUUUAUGAUGCUAAAGAAAAUCAAAAAUUUAUAUUAAAUGGAAGAGUAAAACCUGAUUAGGUAUAAUCUUUAAAAAAACAUUUAUAUCCUGAUCUGAAAAUAAAAGGAUAGUCUAAGAUGUUUUUUUUUAAAUAAAAUAAUAAUAAUAAUGAAGAAAAGAAAUAAAAAAAAGAAGAAGAAAUAAAAAAAUAACAAAUAAUCGAAUAAAAAUUAAAAGAAAAAGAAUAAGAAAUAUAAAAAGAAAUAAAUAUAGAAAUUGAAUAAUAAAACAAACUAAAAUCUAUUUUAGAAGAAGAAAAUAAGCAAGAUUAUGAUAAAAAUUAAAAAACUUAAAUUUAAAAAAACUUAGAAUUAGUCAAAAAUGCUAAUCUAGAUGAUAUUGUAAGAACCGAAAUUAUUUUCUCGAGCGAUGUGAUUAAUAAUAAUGGAAAACCUCGAAAUUUAUUAAAACCUUUAACUCGAUAUACAUUAUAAUCUAAUUAAAAUGUCUUAAAUGCAAAUAAUGGAGAAAAUGCUAAACUUUUAUCUGUUAAUAAAAACAUAUAAAGUGAAACUAAUAAUAAUUAAUUAAAUACUAAAGAAUUAAAUAAAUCUGUAGUAUAAAUAACCUAAAUAUAAUAAGAUUAAAUUAUAGAUAGAAAAACUCUUAAAUAGAAGUAAUUAGAUAAUAGAAAUCCAUAGUCUUUUUUAAAUUAACAUAGAAUAGAACAAAAUGAAUAAAUGAAUUAAGAUUAAAAAGCUAUUUUUAAAAAAGCAGAAAUUUUUAUAGAUCCAGUUACUAAAGAAUAAAUUUAAGAAGAAGAAAAAUUACCUUAUAAAGCUAUAUAGAUUAUUUUUAAUUAAAAGAAUGUUUAUGGAAAUAUCAAUAAUUAAAAUCCAUCUCAAAUUUAUUAUCAUUUACAUGAUAAAACUUAGUGGAAUCCUUUUAUUAAAGAUUUUAAUUAAAAAAUAGGAAGUUUUUUUAUAUCAGCAAAUCCUUUUCCUAGAAUGAAAUAAACAGAAAGUUAAGAAAAAUACGAAAAAAUUAUCAAAGAAAUAAAAUAUGGAAUAGCAAAAAUAAGAAACAAUCAAGGAUUAACUGUUAAAUGGAAAAACUAAUAUGAUAAAACAAAUACACUUUUAAGAAAACUUUCCAGAAUAUUAGAAUAUAAAGAGAGAGAUAAAAAAUUUGAAGAAAAAUCUUUUGAAUAAAAUAUGGAAGAUUUUGAAAAAGACAUGAAAAGGUUAAUGCCUUUAAAUUAUCAUUUUUAGUGCCUUCCUAUGAAAUUUCUAUACUUAGAAAAAAGUUAAAUUAGGUCAUUAAUAGAAGAAAAAGCUUCAUAAUUUAUACUACUAAAAAAAAAGAAUAUGAUUUUUGGUGUUAGUGGGAAAAUUUUCUGUUAUUAAAAUGGGAUUAAUCCUGUAAGAAUUAUACUUGCUAUCUAUUAUAAUAAGGCUGAAGGAGUAUUCGAUAAUGAAGAAUAAAAUAAUUUAAGUAAUAUUUAGGAAGAUUAAGAUGAAGAAGAUUUAGAUGAUGAUCAAGAAGAUGAUAAUUUAUAUUAAAAAAAUUAAAAUUUAUGA